AGUAUUCAGUAGUUAUUCGUUAGGAUUAAGAGUAUAAAGGCAGCUCGCAGUGCACCGUACACGAAGCUCUUCAUUUGUAUCCCAGGCGGUGUUUUUUUCUUUUCUUAAAAUUAUUGUAAUUGUGUUUGUUGAUUUUCUCUAUUCUUUUCCCUUUCUUGCUGCGAGUGAGUCGGUACAGUUGGCCCUCUUUUCCGGUGCUUUCGCCUAUCAGUCCGUCAGCCCGUUUUUUGUUUUGUAUUGGUGUUGGUAUUUACGCUUGUAGGCUCUUUUGUGUCUUUUCUUUUCCUGUUCUCUUCCUUUUACUUCUUUGCUGUUCUUUCGAAGACGUGUGGUGGAACACGCGUAAAGACUCCCUCAGAGUUCAACGCUGUCCUUUUUAUUUUUGUUCUGUUCUUCUCCCCCCUCCCCUCCCCCCCUCCUCUCAGCCUUCGCGUCCUUUUUGAACACACGAGUUCACCGACGGCGGCGCUGGGUUGCUAUCAACGACAGAAAGAGCAAACUUCACAGAAGAGAGCGGGGCCCACGUACUUCCUGAAGCGCUGAAGGUCGUGCCACUCGAAAUUUUUUUAUUGUUCAUAGAUAGUAAGGUCUUCUGCAGCGUUGUACCUUUUCACUUGUCUCUCCUGUUUUCCUUUUUACUCCUUUCCCCGCUACUUAGAAGAAAAGAAAAGAAAAGAUCAUCGUAGAAGGAAAUGCUGUACGAUCGCGUAGAGGACAUUGCGAGCGCGCAGGGGGAGGCGAUUCGCUUCAUCCUCGGCGCCGUCUCGAAGAACACCGUACAGACCACCCUCACCACCCUCGAGCAAUUCUGCACCCGCUCUGUCGAGUUCUACCGGUACACGAUUAAGUGCACGUGCACCGCACUGCUGGCAAACCGCAGCGACGAGCGCGCGUUGCUGGCCGCGAAGCUGGUCAAUGACGCUCUUGGAAAGCCGAAUGGACUGACACUGACCGCCUGCGCGCUAGAUGGGAGCGCGUCUACGCUGACCAAGAGCUCUCUCACGGUACUCAUGACGAAUGAUCUGAAGCUGACGCCAAUGAAGCAGAUGCAGAUGGCCAUGGCGCUCGUGUUGGGCGGCAACGCCAUGGUGAAGACGGCGGCGACGGACAUGCUGGAGGACUUCAACGUGCCACAGGCCGCCCUGAAGGAGGACGACGGCGGCGUGCGGGCCGCAGCGCUGCUGUUCCGACAAGUCGGACUCGCCUCGGCGAAGCUGGACAGCCAGCUGGCGAGCCUGUGUCACACCUCCUCGCUGCCGAAGCCGAAGAUGUCGACGAAGCCGCGCGUCAGCAUCGCUGGCAUUCUGCGUGAGCUGGGCCUUGGUUGUGUGACGACCUUGGCGGACUCGCGUGAGCUGCUCAGUAUUUUCCCGCAUUCCUUCACGGAGCGCGACGGGGCUGAGGUGCUUGCCUUCUUUGCGUCAGGCGUGGCGACAGCCAAUGACAGCAACACCUAUGCCUCCCUCAUGACCGCUGCGGGCAAAAGCUCGCCGAAGAGCCUCAGCACCGCUACCCUGGUCAACGCGAUGCCGCUGCUAGAUGCGCUGUGCGAGAGCAACCCGAAGAAGGCCUUUGACUGGGAUCUCGUGAUACGGCUGCUGGAUCAGGCCGACGGCGAGCCCUUCCGUGUGAAGCACAUCUCCGUCAUCUUCGACGCCUACCACCGCUUCCAAGUUGACAGCGAGUACCCGUCCGUUGCUAUCUUUCUCGGCCGCUGGACGAACACGUUGCGCCAGCGCGGUCUGCUCGAGUACAUCCUGCGCCACCCCGACAAGGUGAACCGCAAGCCGCUGACGAUGGAUGCGCCGUCCGAGUUGCUGCCGACGACGAAGCCGCCCGGGGUGACGGCGUCAGAGAUCGAGCUGUGGCGCUCCGCCGCGUUUAUGGAGGCCGCCGUGCACGUGGCGAGCCGAGACAAGGAGUUCGACCACGACGUGUUUCGCCCCGCCGCCGAGAAGCUGCCGCUGCUCUUCUUGUACAAUUUGCUGACCGGCAGCUACACCGGCACCAUCAAGCACCUCGUCAGCGUGAAGCACCUGCUCAAGUCCCACUGCCCUUCGCUGGACCCGGUGGCGCAGCACAUUGUGCCGGAGAUGGAGAAGCGCGGCCGGCUGGACGCCGUUAUCGGUGUGCUGUCGGAGCUGACGGAAACGGCCCCGGAGCGCACGGUGGAUAUCGUGCAGAUGGUGCUCAAGUGCAAGUCCGCCGCGAAGCGCGUCUUGACCGAGAGCGGCAGCCCGCGCCUCGUCACCGCCGUGGCGAUGUGCAUGGAUGAAGCCGGCGAGCCGAGCGACAAGUGGCUGCAGCGGGCACUGGAGGGCAAGCUGCACUUCCGCGCCAGCUCGACGGAGAACCGCUUCGCCGUGGCGCUGAACGUGGUGGAGAUUGCCGAGGCGCUGCAGGAGAAGCAAGUCUACGUGGCCAGCGCCACGGCCGCCCUCAAUGCGCUGCUCGCCUCGCCGCUGCGGGACGUGCUGAAGAGCGUGACGGACUGCGCCAAGACCUUGCUGGCCUCCACCGACUCUCUCUUCCCAGAGGAUGUGGAGAACGAGGCGACGGAGUUCUUCAAGAAGAUGUACGCCGUCGGCAGCACCGCUGCUGCGAUCGCCACGGUGGAGCGUCUGCUGAAAAGCACGGUGCCGCGCGACAAGCAGCUGUACGCGUGCAUUGUGAGUAUCAUGUUCGACGAGACCUCUGCGAUUGCCUACUACCCCCGCAAGGAGCUGCAGUUGUUUGCUGAGCUGUACGGGCAGAUGCUCGCCAAGGACCUCCUGCCACCGAACCAGGUGCAGCGGGCGUGGGGCGUGCUGCUGCCCGCGUUGGCCAAGCCGGGCAACUACGCCACGGAGGAGUACGGCAUCAUCGCCGUCGAGCAGGUGAAGUCGCGGCUGCCGGACUGGCCGAGCGUCGGUCGGGCGUUGCGCCACCUGCGCGAUCUCGACUUCCGCGUGCCCGGCAUCAAGGCGGCAAUCUACCGGGGUAUUAAGCAGGAGGAGGAGGCAGCGCGCAACAACGGCGCGGAGAUGAGCGACGGGUCGCCGAACUCGCCGACGUCGCCGCGGCUGCCGAGUUCGCCGAACAAGGGACUCGCCACGCUCGAUCCAGCCAUCGUCACUGCGGCGUCGUCGCAGUCAAAGAAGUUCACGGACAUGGCCGCAGCGAAGCUGCACACGCUGGACAUUGGCACCCUCGUCACGAACAGCAAUGUCACGGCCCCGCCGCGCGUCAUCCAGGAGCAGAUCAACUUCUUGAUCGGCAACACCGACGUGCGCAACCUCGACAACAACGCGACGGAGCUGUCGCAGCUGUUGCGGCCGGAGUACUACGAGUACUUCGCCGACUACCUCGUUGUGAAGCGUGCCGCGCUGGAGCCGAACUACCACAGCAUGUACAUCGAUCUCAUCACGAAGCUGCACUCGAAGGACCUGUACCGGGCCCUGCGGGACGCCACCAUCGCCGCGGUGCGUCGCCUGCUCACCUCUGAAAAGAUCGGCACUGACAGUAGCGAACGGAUUCUACUGCGCAACCUCGGCUCUUGGCUCGGCAGCAUCACGCUAGAGAAGAACAUCCCCAUCCUACGGCAGGACCUCAACUUCAAGGAACUGCUGUGCCAGAGCAUGCGUGAGGGCCGCCUCGUGCCGGCGGUGUCCCUCAUGACGCGUGUGCUGAUGAGCUGCGCCAAGUCGCGCUUCUUCUGCCCGCCGAACCCGUGGACGAUGGCGCAGCUGACGCUGCUGAUGGAGAUGUACAACCUACCCCACCUGCGCGUGACCCUGCGCUUCGAGCUCGAGCUGCUGCUGAAGGCGCUCGAUCAGACCCUGCAGGACGUGGUGCAGUACAUGAUGCGCCACCCAUCGCACGCGACGACGGAGAAGCACCUGAUUGACGUGUACAAGCAGAUUGACAUCAGCAACAGCCCCGACUUCCGCCUGGACGACGACGACACGGGCAUCAUCACGGCCGCCCCGAUCCCGCAGCUGCCACAGCAACCGCCAAUGCAACAACAGCAGCAGCAGCCUACCUCUUCUUCGCCACCGGCGCAGCAGUCGUCGCUGCGCAGCAGUGCCCGGCCGCUGCAGGCGAACGCAGAGCCCUUCCAGCCAAAAGACAAGUCGCCGAGUGCGCUGUCCGAUUACGACCGCAUGAUGCUGCUGCUCAACCGUCCCAUCCGCCCCGCGGCGCUCAUCACACCCGAGACGGUGCACCUGCCCAGCGGCGAUGCUUCCUCGGAUGCCCUGGCACAGCGACUGACCUCGGUCCGUCCGCAGAUCGCUGCCACGCUGCAGGCGGUGGUGGAUGAGGCAGUGAGCUACUGCAUGCAGCGCAGCGUGGCCAUCGCGACCCGCACGACGGAGCGGCUGGUGCUGAAGGACUACGCGCGCGACCCCUUCCCGGACGACAUCCUCGUCGCGGGCGACGGCAUGGCCCGCUCCCUCGCCUCCAGCCUCAGCUACGUGAUGGUGCGGGAGGAGCUGCCGAUGCUACUGCAGCGUUCCUUCACCAACCUCGUCGAGCGCAUCUUCGAGCCGAUGACGCCGGUCGACUUCAAGGUCGUCGUGCGCGACGCCAUCGUGGCGUCGAACCAGGAGCUGUGCAUGCGCGCUGUGGAGUACAGCGUGGGCGAGGAGGCGGCCAUGGCGACGAGCCGCAGCCUCUUCGACGUCGCCCGUGAGAAGGCGAACACCUUCGCCGCGGGGGAGCCGCUGCCGCUGCCGGCCGACCAGGUCGAGGCGGCCGAGCUGCUCCGUGUGAUGGGUGACGCCCUCGUGCCGUCGGGCCGCAUGCCCGGCCCGCAGCGUCAGGUCUACGACGACUUCUACAACUGCGUCCCGCCGGUCGCCGUCUUCACAACGGUGCUGCGCAGCCUGGAGGAGGCGGUGUCGCGUUACCUGACUGGUGGCAACGCCCUGGGUCUGAACUUCGCGCAGCUGGAGGCGGCCUCGGCCGAGGCGGCCGCCAACGGUGCCAGCGACGAGCCGCAGUCUGCCAUCCGCCAGCACCUCGCCCGCCUGCUCAGUUUGGUGUCGCCCGAGACGGCGGUGCUGUAUCUGAGUCCGAUGUUCAACCGCCUCUUUUCCCUCGCGGUGUCGAUGGAUCGGCUGAACAAGAAGGCGAACGCCAGUGCGAACAGCCACAACAACGACAACCAGCAGGGCGGCGGCGGCGCCGUGGCGGCAAACCCUGACGGCACGCAGAAUUCCUCCGAGGACGAUCCUGCGUGGCGGCAGGAGGUGCUGCGCGUGUCGGCUGGUAUGCACCAGCUCUACUUGUUCGUUUUACUGCGGUGCCGCGAGCGCGGGGGGGAGGCGGUGCCGGAGGAGUUCACCCGUCUUCUCCUGCACAGCGAGCACUGCUUUGCCUUCCCAAAGCUGGCGACCGACUUGAUGCGCAUUAAGAUUCUGAGCUGCAGCCGCUUCGACGAGGCGCUGGCGAAGGCGCUGGCGACGGGGACGUCUGGCUACGUCACCUUCGCCGGCGACAUCAUCACGGACGUCAUCAUCAAGGAGAAACUGGUGGCGUCGAAGGACAUGCGGCGCACGCUGUCGGCGCUCGACACGAUCGCACGCACCCGCACCCGCGCCCCCGCCCCGACAGCCCCGGCGCACACCUUCCCCUCAUACGUGACGGAGCCACCGUUGAGCAAGAUCGUGCCGGCGAACAUCACGAAGCUCGUCGUGCCGUGCACCAGCGUUGGCGCUGAUGAGGACGAGGCCUUCCACAAGGACGUGGAGCAGCUGAUGAACGACUGGAUCAGCGUUUGGUCGCAGAAGAGCCACCGCUACACGGAGCGCCGCAUCCCGUCUGUCGAGUUUGUGAAGACGCUGCAGCACAAACGCAUGCUGGACACGGUACACCUGCACACCUUCCUCGGUCUCGGCGUCCGUUACUGCGUGGAGUACUACGCGAACACGAUGCUCGCGAUGGAGCGGGCGGACGGCUCCAUUACAGACGAGGUUCUCGUUGGCAAUCGCCCCGGCGGCCCACCGGGCUACCGGACGCCGUACACCGCCAAGUGCUUUGUGAUGUGUGACGGCUUCGUGGAGCUGGUGAUGGUGCUGCUGCAGUGCUGCUCGUUGCGCAACGAGUCGUCGCACGACCUGCGCGCGGAGACGACGCUGCUGAAGCGCCUGCUGGACGCCGUCACGCGGGUGCUGACGGAGCACCACGACUACGUGGCGAAGGUGCGCCCCGCGCCGGACUGGAAGCUGUCGGCGGACGCGCAAUUCAUUCCGGUGUUUCAGCAGCAGCCUUACGUGCGGCUGCUGAGCGAUCUCGUCUACUCUCUGCACCGCCUGGAGAGCUCGACGUCGCGGCCGAUGUCGACGGAGUUCACGAUGGUCUUCCACGCCUUCCUCCGCCGCGUUCACCCGCUGGAGUACCCGGGCUUCACCUUUGGCUGGAUUGAGAUCCUGUCGCACCGCUUCUUCAUCCCGCGCUUCAUGCAGCAGGAGUCGACGUGGGACCACUACGCCGACCUCCUCAACGGCGCGAUGCUCUUCGUGAAGUUCCUCAUCAAGGGCAACCGCAUCUCCCCGAACGGCCUCGUGUACUACAAGACGGUGUUCAAGCUGGUACUGGUGCUGCUGCAUGACUACCCGCAGUUUCUUAUUGGCCAGCACUACCCCCUGUGCGAGGCGAUCCCGCUGUCGUGCGUGCAGCUGCUCAACACCGUGCUGUGCUCCUUCCCGCCGGAGCAACGCCUACCGGAGCCGUUCCAGCACGUCGACUCCAACAGCCCCGCGAUGCUGCAGCAGCUCGACACGCGGGUGCAGGAGACGUGCAUCAAGGCCACCUUCACCGCGGCGAACAUGGACGCGCAGUUGCUGUCGAGUUUGGAGGCGAUGGUGCGCAACGACGACAGCCCGGUGCGCGAGAGUGUGCUGAUGGAGGUGCUGGCGAAGCUGACGGAGCCGUCGGCGAAGCGCAGCCUCAUCAACGCUGUGGCGCAGCACAUGGCUAUCGUGUACCUCAACUCGCACAACCAGCGCAUCCCGCCGCAGUUUGCAGACUCGAACGUUCUGGCGUGCUACCGCUUCCUGUGCAGCAGACUGAACACGAAGCGGCGCUACUACCUCCUCGGUGCCUGCGCGAACCAGCUGCGGUACCCGAACAUUCAGACCAACUUCUUCUCCAACGUGGUGCUGAACCUCUUCCUGCCCUCGCUCAUGGUGGACAUGCAGACGCAGACGUGUGUGCAGGAGCAGAUCACGCGGGUGCUGGCGGAGAAGACGAUCAUCGUGCAGCCGCACCCGUGGGGUGUGCUGAACACGUUUGUGGAGCUUAUGCGGGAGCCGAAGUACAACUUCUGGGAGACGUCCUUCAUCCACUACCCUAUGCUGGACUCCGUCUUCACUAAACUGCACCGCACGGUGGAGGCGCGCAACGGCAACGCGGCCGUCAGCAACGGCGCUGGCUCUCCCGCGGCUGCCGGGACCGCCGGCGCGAAUGUGGUCCGCAAGUAA